AUGACAUGCAUCGAUGCAUUCGGCGAUCCGUGCAUCAGGAGCUCUGUUGUACAAUCAUUAGGUCUGUAUGCAUCCCAGCAUGGGCCCGGAAGUUGUUUUGAAGGGAUUCCCAGGUACAAAAAAUCCCGGAGAUGCUGUCGUCGCCUGGGAAAACAAACAGCUAUCCAGACAAUUAGAGAGAAAAACAGCAAUCGGCCGCCAGAAGUCUGGUGAGAGAAUGAAUGCUGAUGACUGCAAUGGACGAACAUAUGCAGGAAAUGGAGGAGAGUCAACAGAGCAGGACUUUUAUGGCAGGCAGCAGGGCCCUUCAAAAUCUCCCAACAGUCAGAGGUCAUCCCCUCAACAUUCACUUACAAACUCAAUUAAAGUUGAGCUGUGCAGUGAUGAUGAGUCACCAUGUGCUCCUCAGCCCGUGAAUACAGAGGCUGUGAAGGACGAUACGCUGAAUGACAGAGGGGAUCCCUUGGAUGAGGGAGGUGCAGAGUACCCUUUGUCUAUUCGAGACAAAGUCAGUGUGUAUAGCGAAAUGGCCAGUACCAAUGCCACUUCUCCUGGACCUAUCCGCUUACCCAAUGGUAAACUCCAGUGUGAGGUGUGUGGCAUGAUCUGCAUUGGACCUAAUGUGCUCAUGGUGCACAAGCGCAGCCACACAGGUGAAAGACCAUUCCAGUGUACCCAGUGUGGGGCCUCAUUCACUCAAAAGGGUAACCUGCUACGGCACAUUAAAUUACAUUCAGGAGAAAAGCCUUUCAAAUGUCCAAUUUGCAACUAUGCUUGCCGCCGGAGAGAUGCCCUGGCAGGGCAUUUACGGACUCACGCAGUGUCUUCUCCGACUGUGGGAAAACCUUUUAAGUGCAGCUAUUGUAGUCGCAGCUACAAACAACAGAGCACACUGGAGGAACAUCUGGAGCGCUGCCACAAUUAUUUGAAGAGUUUGGACAAUCAGGCAGCAGGGGGUACACUCACAACACAUGAAGACAAAUCAGUAAAAGUGGAAACCAUAACCAAGACAAUGCUUCAACCGUCCAAUGAUAAAAUUCAGUUUGCAGAAAGACUGUCAAUUAGUAUGACUAAGCGCAAAAGAUCAACACCACAAAAAUUUUUGGGUGAAAAGCACAUGCAUCUGGACCUACCUGAUGCACCUUAUGAACUGUCCUCAGGCUCUGAGAAGGAGGGAGAACUCUUGAGCACUCACUCUGGGCAGGACUCUGUAGGGAUGAGUGGAUCCCUUCUGCAAAGCACGAGAAGCAAAGAAGAAAACCAUGAGCCCUCUACACAAUCCCAACCCUAUCCCAGCUAUCUGUCAGUUAUUGGCCCCCUAAAUAACAACUUAAUUCCUCAGGGCCCACGAGCCCAUGCAGGAAGUGGACUACUUUCUUUAACAGGUAGAGAUCCAGGUGAAAGCCAGGACGACCAACCCUCAGCUCAUAGCCUUACCACCUCGCCCAACGGCUGUCCUGACUCCACAGACACAGAGAGUACAGCAGAGGAGCAGAGCACAAGGGCUACAGGACCCACAAGUACCUCUAACAACCACCACCUCCACUACCACAAUGUCCCCCUGCCCCGCAGCCACCCCACUUCCAGCCCCAGCCAGGCCAAAGAUGUGGACACGAUGUGGGUGAAAGCUAACCCCGCCCCCCCUGUGUCAGUAAAGAGGAGCGCUCUCUCACCUCUCUCCUCCAGGGAGACCAUGCAGGUGUUAGACAGAGAGGGUCGGCCAGUGCGUUCCUUCCACUGCCGCCACUGCCGCAUCCUCUUUCUGGACCACGUCAUGUUCACCAUUCACAUGGGGUGUCACGGUUUCCGCCAGCCUUUUGAGUGUAACAUCUGUGGCCACCGCAGCCAUGACCGCUAUGAGUUCUCCUCACACAUCAGCCGAGGAGAGCACCAGGUGGGCUGAGGGCUGAACACAGUACUGUUGUUGGCUCAUGUUUGCUCUGCACCAGAAUAGUGGCUUUAAAUAUGUAUUGUUAGCAAACUUUUAUGGUAACCGAACCUAAAUAUUGGAUCUUUUUAUUGCACCUUUUAAAAAGAAUGUGGAAUCAAAUUUAGGAUUGCACUCCCAUAUCAAAUCAUCUAGUAAAACUCAUUUGCUUCAAAAGUGCCUUUUUAGGGGAUUUCCUCUAGAUGUAUUAGACUGAGGGAGGCGCGGUGCUUUGAUGUCUUGCCGAGCCAUGGUUUCUGAGUAGUGAAUAAAUCUUGAGCACAAGUGGCAUGUACAGUAAAUUCUAAGAACUAAAGGGUACAUUUUCAAUUGCCCUUACUACUGUAUAGCAGAAAAGUUGUUGAGAGUCAGGUAAGCUUUAUAUGCACUGAGAGCUUUGUGCCUCUGGGUCUUGUAGGAGACUUUGUCAUUGACAAAGCACAGAAUUGGGUUGCCUUAACUUCUACAACAGUGGACUGUUGUAUAUUGUUUACAGUGGGGUUCAGCAGAGAGAAUUGACCUCUAAUCUGAGGAUUUUGCAGUUGCACAUGUAUGAGACAGGAAAUGGUGGAAAAGUGGUCUCAAAGUUGUCUUAAAAAUUCAAAUGAGGGUUCAGGGCUUACACUUGAGUGUGUUUUGAAUGAUAAAAUGGGCCUUAGAGAACUGGUGCAGAUCAGACCUGAGUCGGAGAGUGUACAGAGCUCGGCUGAGACAGCCUGGGUGCUAUAUUGCCCUGCACUUUUAGGUUCCCUGCUGAUAAAUCAAUUUUUGCUAAAGCACUUGAUGGCAUUUUACUUAGUUGUACUGCAGGUCAAAUGCAGCAUGUGGAUAAUAACCGAUGAAACAAAUUGCAACACCAGUGCAUUUUGACAAAGUUUCUUCUGUUGCACUGGUUUUUAAUUAAUGGCACAAGGGUGGAUUAUAAAUUAUCCUCAAAAACAAUUAAAAAAGAACUUAAAUUUACUGGGUUUCUCUUUGUGGUUAUAUAGUGUUUUGUUUCAGCCUUGGUGUUUUUGCAUCAGCUAUAUUCCAAAUCUUUUCCAGCAUAUUCCUCAUAUCCAUAAAAUGUUACCUCCUGCUUCUUUAAAGCACCUGAAUACCUUAUUGCUACCGUAUGGUGAGUUAUCCGGUGAUGUUUCUAUUGGGAAAAUGAAUGAGACCAAACUCAGUAUUCUUGUGUUCUUGUGGGUUUGCUGCUUCAUAGUUUUUCUUGGUUUAUUUUACUUGCAGGCAAAAUGUACUUGAAACUGUUAUGAGAAAAUAAGAAAUGCACUUGGUUUGAUAAGUAGAGACUGGGUGAAUGAGUGUAGCAUGUGUGCCUGUCAUAUAAUGCUUUUACUUGAUCUGUGAAUUAUUUUUAAAAUGUGAAGUUAUUUCGGACAGUGGAAAAUGAGGCAUGGAUUUUUGUCUUCUUGUGUGGACUUUUAGUGUUAUUCAAUAUUUUGUGAAUGAUGUAACAUGACAAAACACUUUACCUCAAAGUAAGAUGUACUGCCUCAUACUUUCAAAGUCAUGUUGCUUUUCAAGAUGUAAUUGCAGUUACAAAUGUGCCCCUCAAUAUUCUGGAAACUUUUUACUGUCAAUAAAGUAAUGUUUGCUAA